AUGCCGCCAGCCUCCUCCAGUGCCCCGCACAUUAUAGUGCACUCCUCUGCGCCACUCCCGCAGUUGUCCCACGGGGCCGUCCGCCCAUACUUCCGCAUAGAAACGUGCCCCCUGCCAAGCGCACUCCGCGCGAAUGCUCUCUUUCGGCCGCGAAAUGCGGGUUCAGAGCUGGUCCGGUCGAGCGCGGACAACCCUUGGCGGAAGUGCUCGAGGCGGGAGAGGAGGGAAUGGCGGGAGCUCCGCGCGCAAGCCGACGACUCCUCUGGAAGGGCGCAGGCAGAUGAUGGAGCUUCCGUAGCAGGGGAAAGCGCGGAAGCGACGGCGCAGGUGGCGGAAAUACAGCACGCGGACGAGGCCGCGGAGGCGAACAGUGCGGUGUCGACUCUCGUGACGCUCUUCCCCCUGUGGGUCGCACUCGCGUGUGCUGCCGCCCUCCGCUGGCCGGCGCAUUUUGUCGUUUGCCAGGACAGCCGCUUUGUAGUUGGUGGGCUUGCGCUCACAAUGCUGGGUGAGUGGGCGGCAGGGUAUGGCAUGGGGCUGACGAUCAGUGUGGAUGACUUCAGGCGCGCCGUGCUCAUGCCACGGCAGCUGCUGGCGGGCGUGCUGCUGCAGUACACGGUGAUGCCAUGUCUGGGGGCGCUCAUCUCUCGCGGUCUGCCGCCGCACCUCUCUGCCUUCGCCACCGGCCUUGUGCUCGUAGCCUGCUGCCCCGGCGGAACUGCCAGCAACAUCGUCACCUUCCUUGCACGGGGCAACGUGGCUCUCUCUGUUCUCAUGACGACAUUCAGCACUCUGCUAGCCGUGGUGAUGACUCCUCUCCUCACCUCCCUUCUGGCUGGUCGCUUCGUGCCCGUCAAUGGGGCUGCUCUCUUCAUGUCCACCCUGCAGGUGGUGAUGCUGCCUGUGUUCACGGGCUGCCUGCUCGCGCGUCUCUUCCCCGCAGUGGCGCGCCACCUGGCGCUCUUCUCGCCCGUGCUGGCAGUGCUGACAGUGGCGCUCAUCGUGGCGGGGGCCAUCUCGGGCUCCGCCGCCACCAUCCGAGGCGCCGCGCUGCCGCUGCUGCUCUCCGUGCUCGCACUGCACGGGCUCGGCUUCGCCCUCGGCUACCUGCUGCCCCGUGCUGUGCUGCGCCUCGAUGAGUCUGCCAGCCGCACCAUAUCCAUUGAAGUCGGCAUGCAGAACUCGGUGCUGGGGGUGGUGCUGGCCAUGCAGCACUUCCCCGACCCGCGGGUGGCAGCGCCCUGUGCCGUCUCCUCCGUCAUGCACUCCCUCUGUGGCAGCCUCCUCGCCGCCGCCUGGCGCGCCACGCCCGUGCUGCCUGCCACGGAGGGUGGCAGGGUGGCACAAGCAGCGACUUGA